CCACAUUGGGGCUUCAACAUACCAAACAAUAAUGGAAAAUUUGGGAGGAGAAAGAAAAAAUAGUAACAAUAAUAAUGAUGAAGAAAAGCUGGUGGAGGAGGUGGCCGCCGGCGGCAACGGCGGCCGCGCCAAUCAACCCUUCCACCACAACCUUCACCACAUUAUUCCAAGUAACGUUGUCAAAAUCCUUGUCCCUUUUAUGAUCGUAACGUUGUCGUGUCUCUUUCUUUAUCUAUCCACCUCUACUAGACAACUCUUCCCCAACAACCUCUCCAACUUGAAUGAUGGAAACUUUUCUGUUACUUCAUCUCCUUCUGCGCACACUACUACUCCCAACAAAACCAUUCCUUCUUCAUCCAUGGAAAAGGUGGUUGAGAACAAUUUAGAGGAAGUGUUGGAGAAGGCAGCCAUGGCAAACAGAACAGUGAUCAUAACAACCUUAAACGCAGCAUGGACAGCCUCUGGCAGCAUAUUUGAUAUGUUUUUGGAGAGUUUUAGGAUUGGGAACCAAACAGAAGGCCUGUUGAAACACGUGGUAGUGGUGGCCAUGGACAAAACCGCUUACGCUCGAUGCCGUGAAUUACACCCUCAUUGCUACGCCUUGACCACCGACGGAGUUGACUUCUCCGGCCAGGCCAAUUUCAUGACCAAACACUACUUGAAGAUGAUGUGGAGGAGGACGGACUUUUUGCGGCUGGUUCUUGAAAUGGGAUAUAGCUUCAUUUUUACGGACGCUGAUAUAAUGUGGCUUCGUCAACCAUUCUCACAGUUGUACCCGGACACCGACUUUCAAAUUGGAUGCGACCAAUACCGGUAUGACUCUUCUGACUUAAACAACUACGCAAACGGCGGCUUCUACUAUGUAAAAUCAAACAACCGCUCCAUCGAAUUUUACAAAUUUUGGUCCAAAUCGAGAGAGGCUUUUCCGGGGAAGAACGAACAAGACGUGAUAAACAUCAUCAAAUUCGAUCCUUUCAUUAAACAGAUUGGGUUAAAAAUAAGGUUUCUGAACACGGCUUACUUCGGAGGGUUUUGCGAGCCCAGCCAAGACCUUAAUUUGGUGUGCACAAUGCAUGCCAAUUGUUGUGUUGGUCUUGACAGCAAAAUUCAUAACCUUAAAAUGGUUAUUGAUGAUUGGAAGAAUUAUAUGGGAUUAGCCAGCAAUGAGAGGACAUCCAGGCCAAGAAAAUGGACAGUUCCAAGACGAUGCGGGUAAUCUGUAUCUACCUCUACAAACUUAAUAAGAGCUAAUAAAGUUAGGUCUUAUAAAAAAUGGCCAAUAAA